UUUAUAACUCGGUCAGACGUGUCCUCUUCACAAAAGUUCCUUUGCAGGAGGCUCCUCUUGUACGCGACGCUUUUCAAACGUAUUGAUCAACAUCUGCUCUGUUAGUCUUGGCAUGUUUGGAGAGACAAAGGUGGACUUCUAAACGUCGGCAAGGACUCCUAGCAUGGACGUCUUCAAGCAAAACAAAGUUGAAGAUUUCUAUGAAAUUGGUGAAGAGUUGGGAAGCGGGCAGUUUGCCAUUGUAAAGCAAUGCAGAGAGAAAAGAACGGGACAGGAAUUUGCUGCCAAGUUCAUCAAGAAGCGACAGAGUAUAGCCAGCUCUCGUGGCGUUCGACUAGAGGAGAUAGAGCGUGAGGUGCAGAUCCUGCAGCAGACUCAGCAUCCGAACAUUGUCACGCUGCAUGAUGUCUACGAGAACCGCACCGAUGUAGUUCUCAUCCUGGAGCUUGUCUCUGGUGGUGAGCUUUUUGACUUCUUGGCCCAGAAGGAGUCUCUUAGCGAGGAAGAGGCAACCCAGUUCAUCAAGCAAAUCCUAGAGGGGGUCAACUACCUCCAUGCCAGGAAAAUAGCUCACUUUGACCUGAAGCCUGAAAACAUAAUGCUACUAGACAAGAAAGCACCAUUGCCAAGAAUUAAACUCAUUGACUUCGGCCUCGCCCACAAAAUUGAAGCCGGAGUAGAGUUCAAAAACAUCUUUGGAACGCCCGAGUUUGUUGCACCUGAGAUUGUCAACUAUGAGCCACUGGGUUUGGAAGCAGACAUGUGGAGCAUUGGCGUCAUCACCUACAUCCUUUUAAGCGGUGCUUCUCCCUUUCUUGGAGAAACUAAACAGGACACACUCAGGAACAUUUCUGCUGUGAACUAUGACUUUGAUGAAGAGUUCUUCUGCAACACCAGCGAGCUGGCCAAAAAUUUCAUCAGUCUGUUGCUGGAGCGAGACAAGAAGAAAAGACUCACUAUUCAAGAUGCUCUCAAUCACCCAUGGAUCAAGCCUAAUGAGCACAAAGAGGAAAAUAAAGGUAAAGAGAUUCGGAAGAGAGAGAGGCGCCAGCUUAAGACCAAGCGCCUGAGGGAGUACACAAUAAAGUCCCACUCAAGCAUGCCGCCUAACAACACCUACGUCAAUUUUGAGCGCUUUGCCAAAGUGGUUGAGGACAUCGAUCAUAUGGAACGGUUGUUUAUCAGCUUGGCCGCGUCCCAUGAUUCUCUGCAAGAAGAUAUCGAUGCCAUGGUCUCUAUAUAUAAUGAGAAAGAGGCCUGGUACAAGGAGGAGAGUGAGGGGGCGCGUCAUGAGUUCUCACAAAUCCGUUACGAGUUCCGUAAACUGGAGGCCUUGAAGAGGAGUCUUCAGGAUGACAUGCAGUCUUUUAGCUCCAACCUCAGUAGCGUCAACAGCCGCUACCAAGAAAGACAGAGGCACUUUGAUGCACUCCGCCUGGAGCUCAGCAAUGAGUUGAAAUGGGUGCAGGAGGAGAUGGGUUCAUGUCCCGUGGACGGAGGUGGUGGUUUCCCCAAUGGCAACUUCAGCUCUGUUUUCAACAAUGAAUUAAAUGAAGCCCUGAAAGAGUUGCUGAACCCCUCUUGCGGAGGAGAACUGCUGUCUGGGAUCAACCUGGACCUAACUGAAACUGGACAGCAAAGGUAAAAUGAAAAGUCUAGAAAGGGUAACUGUGCAAUUUAGGGUAAAGAGUUUGGACUUUGAAUGUGUGUACUCUUUUUCAGAAGAGGGUUUAAUGUGGAUCAAGGCUGGUUGGGGGUUCGGAUUAGAGUAAGGACUUUGUAUUGUCACACUUUUCUAGUAAAUGGGGUUUUGUAAGUUAGGGUUAGUCACUUUAAAAUGUGUAUUCUUUAUUCAAAAGUCAUCAUCACUCUUUGCCAGCAGAGGGUGUUUCAUGCCUCCCCUGGAAGUGUGAGGCCUCAUGGUCUCUGUGCCCUUCAAAAAGCCCUCCAUUUCCGUGCCCUCAUCUUCUUCAUCUCUAUCACUGUCUUCUGACUGAAAAAAAAGUAUAUACAAGUAGAUAAUGUAUCUAUAAAGCAUGUUAAUUUAUGAAUUUGGUCAUAUGUACUCUUUCAAACCCAAUUUUUAUCUUUUUAUGAUAAGGGUCACCACAGCGAGCUUUCUUCACAGCUAUGGUUUUGACUUAGCUUUUAUGCCAAAGGCCCUUCCUUACAUGGGAAUUUAACCCAUACCCUAAGGCAGAAGCAUAGCAUUACACCACCACGGAUACCGUACUGACCCCAAUAUACAGUAUUGUUUUUAGUGCUAUUGAGCGAUUAAGAAAAUGAGACAUUAAAUUAUUAUCCGUAAUGAAUUAAUAAAAUUUUUUUUAAAUGCUGACAAUGCCACCAAUUUGAGGUAUUUUCAUUCAAAUGAAUUACAUUAUUGUAAAGAGAUGUAUAAACCCCCCCAAAAAAAUGCUGUAUAAUUCGUUGUUUUUUAGAUGCAGUCUGUGGUCUUUACUAAAAUAAAAUAUCAGGUCCAUAUAAAGUGCUAAAGCUAAAUAUAAUUUAAAAAAAACACCUUUCUGAGAAAUAAUUUUUGAAUGCUGCACUUAAACUCGGCAAAUAAUAUAAAAUAAAUAAAACAGAGCCGUCACUGAAAGUGGCAUGUGUUACCAAAAGUGGUUUAAGAAAAUAAAUUAUUAUAUUUUUCACAAAUGACAUAGAUGUUAAACUUUGUAAAACAGAUCGGAUGAGAUGUUGCCUAUAAUUGACUUUCCUGGUGGUCAAUUAUCAAUGUGUAACAUUAUAUCGCCUUUUUAAACCUUAUUUAACGAUUAAACAUUAAGUUAUUUACAAACAAGCUUAGGUUUUCAUUGUUCGCCAUCACACACACGGGCAGUUAAAACAAGAUUCUCCUCCUUGUAAAUGUGCUCUUAUUUUACCGGUAACAAAAUGUAUUUUGAUCAUUUUCGAAAUAAAGGGGACCACAAAAAAUUGCUUUUUUGGCUUUAUUUUAACAUAUGAUCGGUACAUUAAACAAAUGUUUCUUAUUGCAAUCAAAAAAAUAAUUUUGCCCUUAAUAUAGUGAACAUACUAGACAACUUCUCAUUAGGUAGUAAGCAAACAAACAGUGGAUCUACAUCUAACAUCCACUGUAAUGAUACCAAAUACAAGAGCGUUCCUAGUCGACACUAGUAUGAUUACAUCCAUAUUUUUAAACUUUUUAAUUUGUAUUAUGUUUAUAAACUCACGAAAUACGUCCUUGGACAGAUGAGGACUUUGAAUAUGACAAAUGUAUGAUCCUGUAACUACUUGGUACCUGAUCGAUAGCUAAAUCUAUGGUAUCAUCUAAAAAUAAUAUUGUAAAGUAUCCAAAGAAUAAUAAGGGAAUUUUACAUUUUAACGGAAGUGUAGAUAGAGCAUGUUAAAAAAGUAAGCAGAUAUUAACAGUAAAUAAACAAGUAGAUUAAUAAUAUAUUUUCUACCACUUGUCCUUAAUAAUUUCGACAAUACAAUAGAAUGAGUAAUGACACAAUAUGUUACUGCAUAUGUCAGCAGACAAAUUAGGAGCCUUUGUUGGCUUACUUACGACUAAAAGACAAGUUGUCUAGUAUGUUUACUAUUUUAUUUAAGGACAAAAUUCUUCUUUGAUGUAAUAAGAAACAUGUGUUUAAUGUACCGUAAGAUUUUUUUUGUUAAAAUAAAGUCGAUGAUGCCAUUUUUUGUGGUCCCUUAUAUUUAAAACAGUAUUUGGAAAGUACCAAAAAGUAUCAAAAUACAUUUUGGUACCUGGGACAAUACUCGUUGAGUGUGAAUGGUUUGUCUGUCCAUCUGUGUUGGCACUGCACUCAGAUGGCGACCUGUCCAGGGUGUACGCCGCCUUCCGCCUGACUGUAGCCGAGAUAGACUUCAGUCAGACACCCACCCUGCUACUCUCUGGAUGUUUUGGAGGACUUUGAGUUUUGACAAACUGUUUUGUUUUUAUGAGAUCCAAUCCGUAUCGAUUCGGCCAGAAUUUACUGAAAUAAAAUAUCACAGGGAAAAAAAAAUAUCCCUUUGAUCUGACCCAGAAGCCGCAACAUUCACAUAAAAAAAUGUUCCAUUCAACGCUACGUGAUAUGCCGUCAGCAGAGACGCAGCGGCUACAAUACAAACUAGAGUACAAGGUCAAUUAGUCUAGCGCUGUUGUCAUCUGUCAUCGAGAAAAAGUCUCUUUUGUGACUCACGGGGUGGCAGAAGAUCAACCCCCCCCUCCUGGUGCCCACAUAUGCGGUCCUCUCCAAGGUUUCUCAUAGUCAUCAUUGUCACUGUCACCGACCUCCGACUAGGUGUGAGUUUUUCCUUGCCCUUAUGUGGGCUCUGUACCGAGGAUGUCGUUGUGGUUUGUGCAGCCCUUUGGGACACUUGUGAUUUAGGGCUAUAUUAAUAAACAUUGAUUGAUUGAUUGAAAUAUAUGUUAUGUUGCACAGAGUGAACAUGUUGUUUUUUAAACACCAUAAUAAACAAAGUACACGCAUGCAAAUGUAUUAUUACAAGAAAAAAAGGAGAAAAAAUCGGAUUGGUAUUGGAAUAUAAACAAAGUUGCGGUGUCACUAGGUAUGGAUAUCUUUCACAUUUGAAACGAUACAGUAAAAACUACUGGUACCUGGGAAUCGAUACCAGGACGCUAUACCAAUUUUCGGUAACUUUGUGUGUGUUGAUGUGGUAAUAAAUGUUAAUUCUAUAAUAAAAAAAUCGAAAUUAAAUUAUCAUUAUAUAAUUAUUUACACAGAGCUUAUGAUACCCAAUUUUGAUUGAUCGAUUGAAACUUUUAUUAGUAGAUUGCAUGGAACAGUACAUAUUCCGUACAAUUGACCACUAAAUGGUAACACCCGAAUAAGUUUUUAAAUGAUAAAUGGGUUGUACUUGUAUAGCGCUUUUCUACCUUCAAGGUACUCAAAGCGCUUUGACACUACUUCCACAUUUACCCAUUCACACACACAUUCACACACUGAUGGAGGGAGCUGCCAUGCAAGGCGCCAACCAGCACCCAUCAGGAGCAAGGGUGAAGUGUCUUGCUCAGGACACAACGGACGUGACGAGGUUGGUACUAGGUGGGAUUUGAACCAGGGACCCUCGGGUUGCGCACGGCCACUUUCCCACUGCGCCAUGCCGUCCCUUUUUCAACUUGUUUAAGUCGGGGUCCACGUUAAUCAAGUCACGGUAAUUUUUACAUGCUGUUUUCUUACACUUCUGACACUCUCAAGUAUUAUAUUUGCAUGCAUUUGCAAUUCCAAGACAUUAGAUUGCAGUAGUGUAUCGCCUGCAGAGCACUUUAAAGUAUACAGUGGGGAGUUUUGCAUAGCAUUGAAAGUGUUAUGUCUGUAAAUAAAGCCAACAAAACUGAA